AUGGACGCCCUCUACGAAAACCCGGAGACGGCCGCCCUCCUGCGCGCCGUCACAGGCCACGUCAGGGAGUACAUGUCGCACUACGACGCCUCGCACGACUUUGCGCACAUCCAGCGCGUCGUCGGCCUCGCGCGCCACAUCUACCAAGUAGAAGCAACAGCAACAACAACAUCCUCGCCAGACAACCACAACAACAGCAGCAGCGAGCCCCUAGACCCCCUCGUCGUCACGCUCUCCGCCCUGCUCCACGACGUCGGCGACAAGAAGUACCUCAAGCCAGGCCAGGACCCCUCCACCAUGGUCUCGGCCCUGCUCCUCUCCCUCUCCUGCCCGGCCGACCUCGCGGCCCGCGUGCAGGCCGUCUGCGCGGGCGUGUCCUGGUCCGCGGAGCAGGCGGACCCGGCGCGCGCGGCAGGCCUGCUCGCCGCGCACCCGGAGCUCGCGGUCGUGCAGGACGCGGACCGGCUCGACGCCAUCGGCGCCGUGGGCGUUGGGCGCACGUUCGCGUUCGGCGCCGCCAUGGGGGCGGCCGGGGCCGGGGCCGGGGCCGGGGCGGACCACCGCUCGCUGGGCGACACGAUGCGGCACUUUGACGACAAGCUGCUGCGGAUCGAGGCGCGGAUGAAGACGGGCGAGGGCAGGCGGAUGGCGAGGGAGCGGACGGAGAGGCUGCGGCUGUUUCGGGAGUGGUGGGCGGAGGAGAGCGCCGUCGCGGCGGCGGACUUACUGGAGUGA